AUGCCAAUGGAUCAACUAAAUGACUCAGUGGUUUCUGAGUUUGUGCUUCUAGGACUCUCUAGUUCUUGGGAAACUAAAAUUUUUCUCAUGGUGACAUUCUCUGUGCUCUACUUAGGAAUCAUUUUGGGAAAUCUCUUCAUUGUCAUUUUAGUAAUUGCUGACUCUCACUUACAUUCACCUAUGUACUUCUUGCUGGCCAACUUGUCUUUGAAUGAUGUGUGGGUUUCCUCCACGACAGUUCCCAAGAUGAUCUAUGAUCUUCUUAAAGAACAAAGAGUAAUUUCUUUCCACAGUUGCAUGACUCAGAUCUGUUUCAUCCACAUCAUGGGAGGAGUGGAAAUGGUGUUGCUCAUAGCCAUGGCAUUUGACAGGUACACAGCCAUCUGUAAGCCUCUCCGCUACUUGAACAUCAUGAGCCCUAGAAUAUGCAUUUCAUUUGUGGUUGCUGGCUGGGUCACUGGAGUGGUCCAUGCCCUCUCACAGUUCUCUUUUGUCAUAAACCUGCCUUUUUGUGGUCCCAACAAAGUAGACAGCUUUUACUGUGACUUCCCUCGAAUCAUACAACUCGCAUGCACAGAUGGAGACAAGUUUGAGUUUGUUGUUGCUGCCAACAGUGGCUUCAUGAGUAUGGGGACCUUCUUUCUGCUUCUCCUCUCCUAUGUGUUCAUUUUGGUCACAGUCUGGAAAAGGUCUUCAGGGGACUUGUCAAAGGCACUUGUCACUCUGUCAGCUCACAUCACUGUGGUGGUUCUUUUUUUCACUCCAUGCAUGUUUCUCUACGUGUGGCCUUUCCCAAGUUCAUCAGUCGACAAAUACCUGUUUAUCGCUGACUUUGCUAUCACACCUGCCCUGAAUCCUGUCAUCUAUACAUUAAGGAACAAAGAUAUAAGGAUAGCAAUUUUAAGAUUAUGCAAAAGGUUUAUCAAUUUCCACAAACUAUUAAUUCUGUUCCCUUGA